CGGCACGUAGAUAGCAGGACUAGCAGGAUCAGCAAGUUGCAAUUUUGAUUUCGGUAUAAUCAUGGACUUAAAUAUAAUGAAAAUAUGGCUUUCGGAAUGCUCAAUAAAACAACAACAGGAAAGAUAAUAGUCUUCCUUUCCUAAAAUAUGGACACACCUGUAAUAUAAGUCACUUGUGUAAUUUCACUAUGAAAUGAACAGAUAUGCUUUGUUAGCGUAUUUUGCACACAUUGGCAGUGUUGGAAGAUACGGGACAGAAGGCAGUGUAAUCGUUAGAUUAUAAUUGGGAAGGAUUGCAUUUGUAUAUUACAAUGGGAGUGCCGAAAUUUUUUAGAUGGAUAAGUGAAAGAUAUCCGUGUUUAAGUGAAGUUAUUAAGGAGUAUCAGGUCCCAGAAUUUGACAAUUUAUACUUGGAUAUGAACGGUAUUAUUCACACAUGUUCACAUCCAAACGAUUUCGACCCUCAUUUCAGAAUAACAGAAGAAAAGAUUUUAAAGGAUAUUUUUCACUACAUUGAAGUUCUAUUUCGAAUGAUUCGGCCCCAGAAAUUGUUUUUCAUGGCAGUUGAUGGGGUUGCUCCAAGAGCUAAAAUGAACCAACAAAGAGGUCGCAGGUUCCGAUCAGCCAAGGAGGCAGAAAUUCUUGAACAAAAGGCCCGUGAACGUGGUGAGGCUCUGCCCUCAGAGGCAAGGUUUGACUCAAACUGCAUCACUCCAGGAACAGAGUUCAUGGCUCAACUGCAUGAGCAGCUUAAGUAUUUUGUGACAUACAAGGUCUCCACAGACACUCUGUGGCAGAAUGUGAAAGUCAUUCUGUCAGGACAUGAGACUCCAGGGGAAGGAGAACAUAAGAUAAUGGACUACAUACGAUACAUGAAGUCACAGCCUGACUAUGACCAAAAUACCCGUCACUGUCUAUAUGGGCUGGAUGCAGACCUUAUCAUGUUGGGACUCUGUUCUCAUGAACCUCACUUCUCCUUGCUGCGAGAGGAGGUCAAAUAUGGACGCAAGGCUAAACAACAGCGUACAUCAACUCCUGAGGAAACAAAAUUUUUCUUGUUACAUCUCUCUCUGAUGCGGGAAUACUUGGAACUGGAGUUUGAAGUUCUCAAGACAACGUUGCCCUUUCCUUUUGAUAUUGAGAAAAUCAUAGAUGACUGGGUUCUGAUGGGGUUUCUUGUGGGAAAUGACUUCAUCCCACCUCUUCCUGACAUGCACAUUAUCAAUGGAGCACUGCCUACUCUGUAUGAGGCAUACAUUGAUGUGUUACCAACACUUGGUGGUUAUGUGAAUGAAGGUGGAACUCUCAAUUUGGAACGCUUCAAGAAGUACAUGGAAAGGUUGUCUGCAUUUGACUUUGAACAGUUCAGGGAAACAUAUGCUGACCUCAAGUAUUUUCAAGGCAAAACUGGAAGACGUCUGGGAAGUAAGGAACGCCAUAGUUACAGGAAUACUGGUUCAAAAGAAAACGGAGAGCUGAUUGAAGAAAACAGUAGUACCACAAAACCUGUGAUGAAUGCGGAUCUAAAAGCCCUGAUACAGAUCACAGAACAAGAAUUGCAGGUAGAAUUGGGUUUUGUUAGUGAUGAAGAUGAGGAUGAUGACACAGAGGACUGGGAAGAGUACGAAAGUGAUGAAGAGGCAAAUGCUAAUGCCCUGUUCCACCUGGAGUUUCGCCAGCACAAGAAGGACUACUAUAUGAACAAACUGGAGUAUGACACUGUCAACAAUGAUGUACUGCGUUCUCAGGCAGAUGGCUAUGUGCGUGCCAUCCAGUGGAACCUGCACUAUUACUAUAAUGGGGUGUGCUCUUGGUCUUGGUUCUACCCGCACCACUAUGCCCCAUAUAUCUCAGACAUCUGUAACUUCUCAGAGACAUUGGAUUUAAGUUUUGACAUAGGGGAACCAUUCCUGCCUUUUCAGCAGCUGUUGGCUGUACUUCCUGCAGCUAGUAAGAAGCUGCUACCUUUACCAUAUCAGCAGUUGAUGGAUGAGGAGGACUCGCCAAUUUUUCACUUCUACCCAUCUGAAUUCAAGACAGAUCUCAAUGGAAAGAAACAAGAGUGGGAGGCGAUUGUGCUGAUCCCAUUCAUUGAUGAGGAAUCGCUUCUGAAAGCCAUGGCUCCAUGUGACAAACAAUUGACAGAGGAAGAAUGCAAACGUAACAGUCAUGGUCCAAUGCUUAUCUACACAUACACAGAAAAUGAUCUUGGUCUAUAUGAAGCGCCACAGUUUUUCCCUCCUCUGAAGAACAACCAUGCUGCAGUAUGUAAGAAGACAAGGGAUGAAAUUAAUGUUGAUCGCAGUCGUCUGGUGAAGGGUUUGUGCCCAAAUGUGCGGCUGGAUGUCUACUUUCCAGGCUUCCCUACUCUGAAACACAUUCCUCACACUGCAUCACUACAGAAGUCCAAGGUGAAGGUAUUCGAGCAAGCAAGCCAAGGCAGCAACAUGAUCCUGCGAAUUUUGGACCAAUCAAAAGCGAAUAUCAGGGAUGUCGCCACAGAGCUCUUGGGACGCUCCAUUUAUGUUGGAUGGCCCCACCUUGUGGAGGCAAAAGUGGUGGCUGUAUCAAACAAGGAGUUCCGCUAUGGACUGCAGGAGGAUUCUGGCCUGAAACCUCCUCGUCUCAAUGUUGAGGAGCUGAAAGGCCCAUGUGCAGCUCAGUGGAUGUUACAGCAGAAGGGCAUCCAAGAGCAUUAUGCCAACCGCAUGGGAGUGGAUAUAGGCAAAACAGACAUCUUGGUGCAUGCAACAGCCAUGAUUGGUAGAAAGUACAUCUUUGGCCAGACUGGAAAGAUAACAAUGGAGAAACAGUGGUGUGAUGUACUGACAGCUUAUGCCCUACAGACAACAGUGAAAGACAUUGCUGUCCAUGACAAAACAUUUGUCCAGUACCGUACUCUGCAGGAAGUGUUCCCCCUCAAGUCGGUGUGCUUCAUGCUGGGACAUCCUCAUUAUGGAGCCAUGGGAGAGGUGGUCGAUGGCAGUACAUCAGUAAAGAGUGGACGAGUAAAAGUGAGUAUGUCAGUAACUACAGAGCCAAACCUGGACAGUGUACGCAGAAAGUAUCAUGAUAGUAACAUCCAUUACAUGCCUGGAAAUAUGGCAGCCCAACGUCUGGGAGUGUCAUCACAUUUAGUGUCCCGGGUCACGGGUACCAUCUACAUUGUUUCAGGAGACAAGAAUGCUGUUACGGAAUCAGGUAACAAGGUCAAUGUGGGGCUGAACCUCAAGUUCAACAAACAUAAUGAAGAGAUACCAGGGUAUACACGAAAGGAGGGAACGGUGUGGCAGUACUCAUACAAAGCAGUUAAUCUUGUGCAGAACUACAUGCUGCAAUUUCCUGAGCUCUUUGACUACUUGGCCAAACAUACUGGGAAUGAUAUAUUUUAUGAGUCAGAUGUUUUCCCAACUGCAAAUAAAAAAGGAGUGAACCACUUAACAGCCAUCACUGAAUGGCUGAAGAAACAGCCAUACACUAAGGUGGAACGACAUGUUUGUGGUUCAAAAAUUCUGGAGGCGGAGUUAGUGCAAGCAGUUGAAAAGGAAGUAGACGACUUCCUGCAGCAUGGAUGUCGUGGCAAGACUGUCAUCAUGCAAGUGAAGCCACACCUCCUGUACAGGCCUGAGCUUCAAGGGGGAAAUAUUCCCCCAGAUCCAUCAGCAAACCACCAACUGUUUGAUCGCAUUGUGAACGUUCGGGGGUCUUAUACAGUACCACUGGGACUCAAAGGCACUAUAAUAGGUAUCCAUCGCACUGAGAUUGAGACAGAACUGAUGUAUGAUGUGGUAUUUGAUAAGCCCUUCCCAGGUGGCCUUCCUCUCAAUUGCUCAGCCAAUCGUGGGUAUCGGCUGUCCCGACCUGCCAUAUUGAAUCUUUCUUAUGGUCAGCGUGUAGAACAGGUGAAGACUGUGAACAAGCCCACAACUGUUGUUCAGCAAGCUGGCAACCCUGUGGUACAGGAGAACUUCAUGUACAGCCCCUGGAACCAGCCACCCCCCAUAGGGGGCAACAUCCCACCCCAAGGCUAUUCUGCAUUUGCAAGCUGGAACAACAGUCAGUCGACUCAAAACGGAAGACCUUACGUAGCGGCAUCCUAUGGCAGCAAUAUUAGUGCUGCUCCAUUCUGCAGAGCCCUUAGCAGUACAUAUACGUCACAGCUUAGAGCCGAUGGCCCUGUUCCACCUCGACCAGCCUUCUCAGGUGACAGUAGACCACAACAGAAUGUUACAUCUUCCAGGAAAAUGAGGCAACAAAACUAUAGCAAUCCAGGGGCCAGAAUCUCUGGUUCAGCUCCCAGCAAUGUCACAUCCCCACUCACAGAGUUCCAAGCCAUUUGGUCACACUUGCAGAAAGCUUCCACAUCACCACAGAAGCCUAGCCAACCGUCACCACAUAAAAAGGCAGUAUCAAACCCUGAGAUUGGGGAGGACUCUGGUACCGAGCUUCUAAAGAAAAUGUUACGAAUCUCUGAUGACCCACCUUCACCAGUCUCUCCCAGAAGUACCUCGCAGCAAGUGCUGCCACCACAUCAACAUAAUACGAAACAAGUUUCCGUCGAAGAAAUGUUUGAGCACGCACGUGUGGCAGGUCCAAGUGGAUCCAAGGAUAACCCACCUAACUACUGUGUUCAGCUUCUCAGCUCUUUCCAGCAAAAAGGCUAUGGUAUUCCCCGCUAUAAUUACACUGAUAAUAUAGAGGAUGGGUCAGUGCAAGCUCAAGUUGUGCUGCCAGACACACGGGCGUUCACUGGAGACUAUGCCCCUACACGAGUGCAGGCCUCAGAGAGUGCAGCAAAGCUUGCUCUUUCUCAGUUGUCACUAGAGUCAGAUCAUCAGAGCAAUGGUCUGGCAUCUGGCAUGGGGAAGCCUGGCACCAGUACUCUGCCCAUCCCUCCACAGCAGUGGUACCAACACCAACAACAACAGCCUCCCUUCCCUGCACAGGCAUUCCACCAUCAGCAGCACAACCACCAAGAUUCUAAAGCAGACUGGCGACAUGGGCCUGGUCCAGAAAUGAUACCUACUGGUGGACCUCCAGGAGGGAGACCAUUCUCCCGACAGUUACAUUAUCAGCUGCCACCUCCACCAUUCAUGUACACCUCGUACCAACCCCAACAUCAGCAAUAUUGGCGAGGCAGUGGGGCAGCUAGCAGUUCUACUAACUGGAGACAGGGGUGCCACCAGCAGUCUGCUAGAGACUGUCGCCAGCAAGAGGUCUGGCAUGGUGGCAGUACAAGUAACAACUGGAGACAACAGCCAGUAGAGGAGCCACAGCACCAGUUCGUCCCACUACAGGCUGUAAUGCAGCAGAGAAGCAGACUGCCGGGGGCAUCUUUCCAGCAACAUGGCAGCAGAGAGUGGCCCCAACAGCAACAACAGCCAGCUGUUCAACAGAAUAUGUCACCACAUGUUGAAGCCACUGUUACCAGCAAGGAGGAUCCUGCAGUGGAUCGACCGAACAGUGUUACAUCCAAACCUCUAGUUCCCCGUCCUAGGAAAUCUCGUAUAGCUGCCAACUUUAACGUGGAUAUGUCUGAUAACGCAUGAAGGGAGUGGUGACAUCUGAGGAGCAGGAGGGACACUGUCGCACUGGAUACCUGCAAAGAAAUUUGAUAUCAACAAACUGUAAUAUAGGGGUACUAUGAAUUUAUGAAUGUCAUGUUGAUACCUUUGCCACUGGUAGUGAAACCAUAAAUUCAUUAACUCACCUACCAGUACAGUGUAAACUCAUUUUUUAUUUACUGAGUGAAGCACAGCUGUGUUUCGCAUUAUGUUAGCUUAUAUCAUCAGGAGAUAUUAUAUAACAGUUCAUUUUAUUUGUAGCAAUAAAGAGUAUACAGCUUUUACAAUGUA